GAAAUGCUCACUCAGGAUGAGUCUUUUGCAACAAGAAUGAGGAAAUUGCCAAAGCAAACAUGCUAUGGUGUGUCCAUGAGUUGUGUAACUUCCACUUUGUUACCAGUAAAGUAAGAUUCUUUAAAAAACAGUGUCAUUGGGUUCUCUUUGCUGAUUGGUUGGCCAUAUUAAGAAACAUCAACUCAUCCCUUUAAAUGCAGUAUUCACUGAGACAGUAUUUGAAGAGUGGUAGUAAGUUCUCUGUAGGGCAGAAACAAUGACCUAAGGAAGGUGAUGCAGCAACAAUAUUUGAAGAAACCAGUCUCAUGUGGAAUAUCAAGACAGAGAAGAUUGAUGCUGGAAAUCUAAAACUUUCCUGAAUGGCUGCUGCUAGGAGAAAGCUUACUGUAGUUGGAGAUGACUGCUCUGGUAAGACGUGCCUCCUCUUCGCUCUGCGUCACAAUCAGCUCCCCACAUUCUAUGAGCCAACCCUGUUUGACACGUACGCCACUGACAUAGAGGAAGAUGGGAAGGAGAUGAAACUAUUUCUGUUUGACGUGUCGGGAAAAGAUGAAGCCAGCUACCGAAAUCUCCGCUCAGUGUUCUAUGAGGACACCAACAUUGUUUUAAUAUGUUUCUCAGUGGACAGGCCUGACUCACAGCAAAACGUCCUUGACUUUUGGGUUCCAGAAAUCAAACUGUUCUGCCCCACGGUUCCUAUUAUUUUGGUGGCUACCAAGAUUGAACUGAGGGAUGAUGAAGGUAUCAGGAAGAAAUUAGCUGCUCAAGGCUAUGAGCCAAUUAACACUAUAGAAGGAAAAGCUUUAGCUGCCAGGAUUGGGGCAUAUGCUUACCUGGAGUGUUCUGCCAAGACAAAAGAAGGUGUUGAUACCGCCCUGGAGAUAAUUAGCCAAUGUGCAUUAAAUGAGAAAAAGAGGAGAAAGAAGCACCAAAGGUCCUGCCAAAUUCUCACUUGCAGGCUGAAGACAUGAAGUAAAAGGACAGCUACACUCUCUGCUUUGCAAGUCAUUGACAAUUUGGAAAGAGACUAAAACAUGCUGUCAACCUAAGCAGAGAAUCUGAGGGAAGCACAGAGACGAGGCAAGAUGGAAAGACUUUGGGUGCACCUCCAUACUCUUCCCUUCUCCGAAGCACCGUUUGCUGCCAGUCCAGGGAACUGGUUUACAGACUGACAUUAAAGGUGCAAGUCUGGGAGAUAGAAGAUAAUGUAACUAUGGGAUUUGGAGACAGAUGCCAUAACAGAAAAUGAACAUAAAAAAGUUCAAAGGUAAACUCCUGAUAAAGGGACAGGGCUAAUUGAGCAUAACUGUUGUGAACUGGGAGAAUGUGGAAGUGCAAUACUUUCUUUUGCUGACUUACCUAGUGAUGGUUUCAUCACUCAGCAGCUUGUCUGAAGUUUCCCAGGGGAAAACAAGACUAAACACAAAAUGUUACGCUGAUUAUGCAACCUGCAGCUGUACCCUUAGCAAACUAGUUUUCCCAGAUGACAGACCUAGUAAAAUACACACUUCAUAUUUUUCUUGCCCAUUCUUCCCACCAACAUUUGUCUAUUGAUGGUAACAUGGAUAGAAAUACCAGAGUUGGCCAGGUAUUAUUGAGUGGGUUGCUCCUACUUUUUAGUAGUGGGUUUGAGUAACAAAUGUUUUAAGGAUGAUGCUUUACAUUUCCAAAGAAUCUCUGUGCUUUGUUCAACUUGAAUUAUGAAUCCAUCUCUUGGUGAUAAAAAAGUGUUAUUUCCAUUUUCAAAACUGAGAAACUUAAAUUGUUGCCUAAAGUAAGUGUGAACUGUCUACUACAUGGAGUUCCUGUUUUUCUUUACUCAUUUUCUUCACCCUUUUCCUUUUCCCUCCGGAGACAAUUUUGCACCUCGAUUUCUUCCCCUCUCUGUAAUAAUCCCCUCUAUGCAACUUGAUAUUGUACACAAAUUUAAAACUCUUUUCUCCUUCCUCCUUGGAUGUGUGUUCUGUGCAUAAGUGCUCUACAGAUUCAGGUAAUAACAUACAUUAGUGCAUUUCAAAGAGCUGUAUUUAUGUAGAUAGGUUUAAAUUGUUAUUUCCAUUUUAUAUGCGUAUGUGUGGGUGAGGAGGAUUAGACUGCAGAUAGGUUAAAGAACACAGGUGUCUCAUGUGCCUCUGAUGUAGGGUAUUAAACUGGAGAAAGACCACUUUGCAAAGAUGCUAAGCACUGUCUGCUCCCACUGCUUGGAAAGCACAACCACUGGUGAAUCUGAAGCUACACUGCCUGCUGCUUAGUAGGACAUGGGCCAGCAUACUGACUAGUUUUCAAUCCAAGAAAACAAGGAGUUUUUUCUUGCGGAGGGUGCUUUGCUCAAGAAAAGAGUAGCUGGUCAAUGGCUCUGUGUCCAAGUGGAGGUGAGGCACAAGUGGUGUCCCUCAGGGAUCCAUCUUGGAUGGUGCCCUUCAGCACCUUUAUCAGUGACCUAGGCAGUGGGAUCGAGACUAUCCUCAGUAAGUUUGAUGAAGAUACCAAGCAGAGUGGUGCAGCUGAUAAAACAGAAGGAAGGCAUGGC